UCCGGUGUGUAGAGAGGAGACGGAAGAGAAGCGGAAGUGGCCUUGGAAAAGCGCCGGGAGUGAGCGGCUGGAGUCAUGGAAGAGUGAGCGCGCCCCCUGCCCUGCUGCUCUAGGGCGCCAUGGAGACCGUGCAGCUGCGCAACCCGCGCCGGCAGCUGAAGAAAUUAGAUGAAGAUAGUUUGACCAAGCAACCAGAAGAAGUAUUUGAUGUACUGGAGAAGCUGGGAGAAGGAUCCUAUGGCAGCGUAUUCAAAGCUAUUCAUAAAGAAACGGGUCAAGUUGUUGCAAUUAAACAGGUUCCUGUUGAGUCUGACCUGCAGGAAAUCAUAAAAGAAAUAUCCAUAAUGCAGCAGUGUGACAGUCCCCAUGUAGUCAAGUAUUAUGGCAGCUAUUUUAAGAACACGGACCUGUGGAUAGUCAUGGAGUACUGUGGAGCUGGAUCUGUGUCUGAUAUUAUUCGAUUACGAAAUAAAACAUUGACAGAAGAGGAAAUAGCUACAAUAGUACAAGCAACCCUCAAAGGACUAGAAUAUCUGCAUUUUAUGAGGAAAAUACACAGAGAUAUCAAAGCUGGAAAUAUAUUACUAAAUACGGAAGGACAUGCUAAACUUGCAGAUUUUGGGGUAGCAGGCCAACUUACAGAUACCAUGGCAAAACGGAACACAGUUAUAGGAACCCCAUUUUGGAUGGCUCCAGAAGUGAUCCAAGAAAUAGGGUAUAACUGUGUAGCAGAUAUCUGGUCACUGGGUAUCACUUCAAUAGAAAUGGCUGAAGGAAAACCACCAUAUGCGGAUAUUCAUCCAAUGAGGGCAAUUUUCAUGAUUCCUACAAACCCUCCUCCGACAUUCCGGAAGCCAGAACUCUGGUCAGACAACUUCACAGACUUCGUAAAACAGUGUCUUGUGAAAAGUCCUGAACAAAGAGCCACUGCCACACAACUUCUCCAGCAUCCAUUUGUUAAAAGUGCCAAAGGAGCGUCAAUCCUGCGGGACUUGAUUAAUGAGGCAAUGGAUGUGAAACUGAAACGUCGGGAAGCACAACAGCGUGAAUUGGAUCAAGAUGAUGAAGAAAACUCAGAAGAAGAUGAAACAGAUUCGGGUACCAUGGUCCGGACAAGUGGAGAUGAGACUGGUACUGUAAGAGCUGCCAGUACAAUGAGUGAUGGAGCCAAUACCAUGAUAGAACAUGAUGGAACGCUGGAAUCCCAGCUGGGUACAAUGGUAAUAAACACGGAAGACGAGGAAGAAGAGGGGACCAUGAAGAGGAGGGAUGAAACGAUGCAGCCAGCCAAACCAUCAUUCCUGGAAUAUUUUGAACAAAAAGAAAAGGAGAAUCAGAUCAAUAGCUUUGGGAAGAAUGCAUCUGGCCAGACAAAAAAUUCCUCUGAUUGGAAGGUACCACAGGAUGGAGACUAUGAAUGUUUAAAGAGCUGGGGCGUAGAGGAACUUCAGAGGAGACUCUCAGCACUCGAUCCCAUGAUGGAACAGGAAAUUGAAGAGAUCCGCCAGAAGUAUCAGUCUAAACGGCAGCCAAUCCUUGAUGCCAUUGAAGCCAAGAAACGUCGGCAACAGAACUUUUGAGAGUGCCACUGGUAGAAUAAAUGUCAACCCUCUGAAACAAUCAGAAUCUUGCUUUUAUGACUACUACACAGAUUGAUUUCUAUUGAAAUGUGUUAGCAAAGUAGGGAGCAAAACUUCUGCUCGCUUAUUUUUCCAUAGCACCUUUCUGAACUCAGGAAUGCCAUUAAGUGGGACAUCCUGAUGGAUGGAUAAUGGUAUGUUUUUAAUGUUGGAUAUAUUUAAAAUAGUGUAUUUCAGUUGUUACUGUUUUUAGAAUAAACUUGUUUUAAAUCAGGGGAACAGAUACAAAUAAGACUAACGUUGGUUCAUUUUCUUGAUGUAACUUUCAGUAGUCCAUUUUCUUCCUUUUUGAAUUUAAUAUGUACUGUAGUGUUUAACGGCUGCAUCUCUUUUUUUGUACAGGCUCAGUUUCAAACAUUUUAACUGUCUUACUACUGUUAAGGUACCGUGGAAAGUGUUAAAUUGAAGAGGUCACUGAAAAGAGUAGUCAAGAAGAUGCAGGAACUAUUCCCACCUUUGGAAAGGAACAAAUCUUACUUUUAAAAAGCCUGUAAUAAGCCCCAUGCCUUACCCCAUGCGCUUUAAGCAAGUGUUUUUUGAGAUCAUAGUUUUGUCUUGUGUGUACUGUAUAAAUUAAUACUGGUAGAUUAAGCAUGUUGCUGUGCUUCCAUCAAAUGCUGUUCUGCAGUUUAAAAGCCUCACUGACUUAAACCAAAAUCCAAGCAGAGUUCCAGUAUAAAACAAAGCAGAUGCUCCUUCAUCUGCAUCCUGGGAAAUAUCCUUCAUUUAGUUCCUACUAGCACUGGAGUGCUAAAAAGUUGUGUGAACCCUCUCUUGGGAAGUUAGAUAUUUUGCUCCACUAAUGAGAGGAUUAAAAAUAUUUCACUAAUUAUGGUGUUUUACAGGGCUUUACAAUUUCAAGCUUCCAUCUUUAGAUGAAAAAUUAAUUGCAUAAUGUUUCACUUAGAGGUCAAGUACAGCAGAAAAGCUAAGCUGAAAAUAAAGAGAGGUUAUGCAAAAGAUUAAACAAUAUAUUGAUGUCAGAUGGGUUUGGUGACUGAAGUUCCAACUUAACCUGUUCUGCAUUUAAUAUGGCCAAGAUCAGUCUCUCCCAGUCUUUCUGGACACACUGGUAAAUUGUGUGAGUCAAGUUACUCACAGUCAGUGUGAGUCAAGUUACCUUGAAAUGAUUUAAUAAACUUACACUGACAUGAUAAAGAGCAAAACAGAAAAAGUAAUCCCGGUAUCUCUAGGUAUAGAUGCAGAGACCUAACAGUGGGUGUGCUGUGCAUUGGCAGCAGUAGAGCAAAGCUAAUGUUGGAUUCGAUUUUAGGAUCCACUUGUAGUUAUUCCACAUAAGAUGAAAUGUUUGUAAAGAGCAAGUAUUUCAAUUAUUUUAUUUCUCUGAUAGAGGGACUAGUUUUCAUGUCAUCCUUCUGAACCAGACCUUGGUACGACACACACAAAUAAAUAUCACUGUCUCCUGAAAUCAAAUGCUUCUAGUAACAAGAAAGGUUCCCAUCACUGCUGGUGGAAGCAUUAUAGUUUUAGACCCUUUGUUUCUUGGGAUUGUACCCUCAGCUGCUGUAAAUCAGUGAGUUCUGUUGGCAUAGGAGGAGUUAUGCCAGUUUACACCCCUGAGGAUCUGGCUUUUAACAGCUUCAGUUAAUUCCUCAGCUGCAAAUAGAGCUAAUAUAAUGGACUCCAAGAGCUCAGCAGCCUAGUCAAGCAGACUGUGGAAAGAGAGGGAGGCAGUCAGCAAUGUGGUCUGGCACAACAUGGGAACAAUCUUCCAUGUGUACCCACAUUAACCAGCCGUGGAGAAGGCAUAAUUUUUGAUAGCCUCGAAUAUUGCAAAAGUUUCUAGCAUGAAGAUCUUGAAAGAAACCAAGUAACUUGAGUUAAAAUCACUUCCACAGCACAAGCUAAAUAAUUUAAACCUCUCAUUUUGUUAGUAGAUGACAGUCUCUUAGCAAUAAGAAUCUGGCAACUUAAAUGAACCAUGCAGGCUAGUAAGCGCCUGUGUUGACAAUACAGCACACUAAUAAUGCUGGACACAAACACACCAUCUGCAGUACUUAUUAAAAAUUCAUCCAAUGUGUGUGUUUUCUUACUUUAAAAUAUUUAUUAAAGAUGCUCAAAUGAUUUUUUUUUUAGGGCUAGUGUUCAUUACAUUCCCUUGCUUAAAUGAAACUUCCAGUAACAAGAUGCAAUUUUUUAAUUUUAAAUAUUGGCUCAUGGCUUAGUUACUUCUAGUACAUACGCAUUUUGCCUCUGGCAUGAUGCACAUGUAUAAUAUGAGUGACUUGGUAGCAAGCUAAGUGCAUUGCUUACAUGUCAAGUAGACCGUUCUGUUAGGAAUGGUUUGUCCUUGUACCGUAUUUACCACAACUUCUUUCAGCAACAGGAAGACAUUGAGGUGCCCAUGUUUUACUUAAAACACUGAAGUUGGAUGCUUGACUUCAGUUUUCACUUUACUGAGUGCAUAACUUGAUUGCUAUAAUUGGUGCUUACAGCCCAAUAUAGUGUUAGUGAAAUAACUUGCACUGAAAUGGUUGGCUAUGAAAAAAAUCACAGCAAAAAGAUCCCAAAUAUGUGAAAGUAAGAAGUGGUCCAAUGGUUUAAUUUUCUCUUAAAUCUGUCUUAAUGCCCAUAAGAGUUGAGGCCUACAACUAGAUUUGCUACUCUGAGUUUGAACAAAAAAGGGAAUUUUUUCACCUUCAAGAAUUUGUAAUCUUAACUAGAGAAAACAUUUCCCUUUUCAGAUCCCCUGCAGGAGCCUCUCAUAUGCCCACUCCUUAAAUUCCUCCAGCUUGUGACAACUGAGGCUUAUCUCCUGAGGGAAGGUAAUUCAGGCAACAUUUUUAAGCAGUGUGUUCAUUUAAUUGUAAAGUUAUAUUCACCUGCUUUAUGGGUCCAUAUGCAUUACUGAAAAGUGUUCUGGACAAAGUGUCAUCUUCACUUUCCAACCUGCAAUGAUGCUGAUGAUGUCAGUUAUGUGAGACUUAAUAAUGUGAAGUUUGUAGCUUUAACUUUUUGUAACAAAUUAGUGACACUGGCAUAAGUGCUGACUUGAAAUGCUAUUUUGUAAGAGCUGACUGUUUGUAUAUAUUAGUAUUGUCAUUAGUUUGUAUAUGUAUGAAAAGUGACUUAUUGCAUUUCCUUAAAGUUUGAUACAGGAUAUCUUGUUUGAAUGAACUUGCUCAAAUAUCUUGCCUUAUUUGUUCAAAAUGACAAAUAAACUGCCCUAAAUGAAA